UUACGUAACAAACCCUCCGUUUUUUUAUCUCUUUGUUUUAAAGAAGGUCGUCUUUCUGAAUUUCUCUGAUUAGCAAAUUUGUGUUCAUUUCUUCGAGAUUGAGAUUCGAACAUUUCUGUUUGUCAUUUUUUGGCGAUAAUUUCGAGUUUUAGGGUUACGAAUUUUCAUCUGUUUUUUAAACUUUGAGAGAUUUGGAAUGGGGAACUCUAGAAAGCAAGAAUUUGGUGACGAUGGCGCAGAACGAGACGACGGCGACGAUUUCGAGGAUUCAUUGUCGGUUUCUAGUGGCGUUGAGACGUCUACGGUUGGAUCUGGUACUGUUUCGCAAGGAAGGAGUGAGAUUGGCUUGACGGAGCUUCUGGUGGAAGAUGAAAAUGGAGAUCUGCUGCUUCAACGGCACGAUCGUGAGGAUAGGGUUUUGCAGUGGUUACAGGCUUUGGAUAUGCAGUUUAUGGGGGCUUGUAGAGCUGAUGAGAGGUUAAAGCCAUUGUUGAAGCUGAAUGCUUCUAGCGGGAUGGCCGAAGAUCGCCUUUUGGUCCAUCUGAAUCAGCACUUCGAGCCAUCAGAAGUUGGCAUGCUUGCUAGAUGUUUCUGUAUACCUCUUGUUUCAAUUCGUGUUGGCAAGAUUAACAAGCGAGGGACGCUACUUUGUCCCACUGCCUCAAGGGGAAUUUUAAAUCUUACAAUGUUGCCAACAUCUGAUUUGCGUCUCUCGUUCAUUGGAGAUGAUGGUAAUACAGAAAGACUAUUCACUGUAAGCAGUAAAGCAGAAAGGCCUGCUAUCACAGUUGAUGAGAUCUUAGAAGACAGUUCUGGGCGAUCUUUCCAUAUAAAGAUAGCAGAUGGUAGAGAUUGUUUCUUCUGGUGCUCCGAGAAAUCAAAGCUCUUGGGAAUUGAAUUGAUUGCCAAAAUGAAGGAUAUACUCAAGAGGAGACCAUCUAUUGCAGAAUUAACCGGGAUUAGUGAGUCACGACUUGAUUGCCUUGCGAUUCACCUCCACUCCUAUAUUCUGGGAAAUAACACCCGAGAAAGUGUAGCUUGGAUUCCUGCCUCUUCAUCAGGCACCAAUCUUGACCCCUCUGAUGCGGCAUCUAUAUCAUCUAAGCCUCUGCGUUCCCGACACGUUGGUAGCCAGGCUAUGAAAGCCAAUACGUCUUAUCAGGGAAGCCUCAGUCCAAGAUCAAGUUCUUUUAAAGAGGGCCUGCCUAGAAGUUUGUCUUCUUUAAAAAGUGCUGCUGCUCGGGAUAAGUUAAAGCGUCGUGGGGAUAGCUAUCUCUCAGCAGUGGACAACCUGAUGAUUUCAUUGCCACGAGACAAUGACGCAUCUAGCUCCAAUCAGUCUGAAAAUGAAGAAGUACCUGCAACUAAGAGUUGUCCUGUGGCGCCAUCAACUUUUCUUGAAUCCCUAGGGAAAUUGGCCUUCUCCCCAACUUUGAGCUCGGCAUCAUAUGUACCUUCCUCAGGUCAACCUCUUGUCUCUCCUUACUAUUGUUGGUGCUCCGAAGGUGCAUCAACUAUGCAGUAUACUCCAGCAUCUCCACAACUCACUACCUCAUCAAUUGAAUCCCCCUUGCUUCCACCACUUUCUUCAUUAUUGUCAGCUGCCAGGUCCUCCAGUCUGUUAACUCCAGCACCACCUCUCAGUCUGGUUGAUGUUCCCUCAUUAAAUUUACCUGCAUUGCUGCCAGACCCAUUGCUUAGAUUGCCGAUGCCUGGUUCUCAGCAGAUCCCGACCUUCACCCCUUUGAUGUGCGAUCCAAUUGUUCAUAUUCCAGUAAUUGAUGUUUGCUCUUCAGGUCAAGGUUACCUGGUGAGUGCUGGUCCUGCUAUUUCAAGCACUAUCCCGCCAUUGCACCCAAAACUCAUCAAUCCAUUGAUUCCUGAACCUGAUUCUGUGGUAGAAAAGGGUGCAAGAGAAACUCUGCGACUACUCAUUAGUAGUUCAACCCAAGGUAACCCCCAGUUGAUGGAUGUCUUGCCUGUAGUAUUGACCAGUGCCGAUGGGAAACAGGGAUUACAUGUUACUGGAAGCCGGGGACUGUACACUGGAUCAAGCGAUGUGAAUGCUAUCGCUAAUAGCAUGGCCACCAUUGGCUUGGUUUCAUUGUCUGAGGGCAUUGCAAGAGAUGGUAACAAAGAGGUACUUGGCAGUUGUGGGCAUUUUAAUCCCGUGUCUGGAGAUGGACCUAGUAGCCUGGAUGGGUCAUGUUCUGAUGAUGAUAAUACACGGCAUCCGAUUAUGAAAGAAGGGAGCAGUUGAUGAAGUAAUCAUUUCGGGUCUUCCUUUUUCUUUGUAGAUCUAUUUUUGUUUCUGAAAAUGUGGAUAUAUGUAGCUGCUGCAGCCUUGGCUCUUUGAGAUGUAAUUAGCGCAAGUACCGUCACUUACCGGGCGGUUUUGUUAAUGUUUAUUCCUUCAUUUAUCAAGGUCUUGAUGGAAUGAACUUUGUGUUUUUGGCUGUGUAACAUGAAGAUGUAUUUGCUAAGAAUUUCCGCCUUUACCUGUU